CUUGUCAGUCACGUGGGACUUGGCUCCUGCCCCUGGAGCCUCAGGUCACACAGCUCACUGUGCCUGACCUGGUAGGAGCCGGGAGCAGAGCGCCAGCAUGAGUUCGGGGUUUGGCAUGCUGACAGCCUUCCUUUUCCUCCUGGAUGUUGGAGGAGCUCAAGUGCUGGCAACGGACAAGUCUGCUGGGGAAGAAAUUGAUUUUAAAUACGCCAUCAUUGGGACUGCUCUGGGCUUUGCCAUAUCCGCCAGCUUCCUGGCUCUGAAGAUCUGCCUAAUCAGGAAGCACCUGACAGACGAUGACUCUUCAGACCUGAAGACUGUACACCCGGCCUGCAAUGAUACCAUCGUGCGAAAGAAGAGACCCUCAAGAGAUGCUCAGGUGAUUGAAUUGUAAACAAGUGGCUUCUCUGGGAGAGAUUCAACUGUCUAGACAACAGAAUCUCAAAAUGUUUUGAAUUUGAGCACUGAAGGCUGGUUAUGAAACGUCACAUGGACUCAAUAUACAAGGAAAAUAAUAGGAGGACUAUAAUCAAGAGUGUCUCUGCUCUGAGAGAAAGUAUUACUCCUUUUCUACCAGAAGUAACUGCUCAGGGUGAGUACGUUAUCCAACAGUAAGAAAUAGGUAGAAGCCAAUGAAUGCACAUCGUCUAGCUUGGUCCACCAUGUUGGAGCUGUUCAUGCUUCUACAGGGUCAUUAUGUCCACAUCAAUGGAACCUACCCACAGCAAUGACUCAUGGAAGUGGGAACCAAACACAAGAUGCAGCUUCCUCAGCACUACCAUCUUAUAAACAAUUAAAUAGCACUUGCAGAACCAUUGGCCUCAACUUCUUAGCUGCCAGGAAACAUGGAGACCAUGAGCCAGUCUCCAAUGCUAUCAAUGACUGAC